AUGACCACACUCAACGAUUUGCUCAAGCUGCCCCUGCUCACCCUUGAGAACAAGGGCCUGGUGGCACGGGACCACAUGGCCAACGAACGGACCUUUUUGGCGUGGCUACGCACGCUGUUGCUGUUUAUCACCAUAGGGAUCGGCGUCACUCAAUUGUUCCGCCUCGAAGCGAAGCUGACCCUGGUCGAGGUUAACUACGGGGUGGUGCUUUUAGGAGACAAAUCGACGAUCAUUGCACACUACGGGAAACCUUUAGGGCUGGUAUUUAUCGUGUUGGGAAUCUUGACGUUGUUGUUUGGUUGUUGGCGAUUCUUCCAAGUCCAGCAUGCAUUGACCGGGGGUCUAUACCCAGCACUGCGUCUAGGGGUGUUGUUGUUAAUUGGGUCGGUGUUCUUGGUGGUGUUGGUGACAUUCGUCAUGGUGGUUAAGGUUGUAUAA